UGCUGGGGCCUGCCUGCGCUCACCCUUCCUCGAGCUUAAAGCUUACAAAACUGGCCUCACUGUUUUCCUUUCUAUAGGGGAGUCAGGCCUUAAUUAAACUGCUGUUAAAUGCCUUGAGGAUGCAAGCUGGAGGCUUCUGUUUUAAAUGCACAUGAUCUUACAGCUGGAGCGUUUUGCUUUCUGAACAUGGCCGUGAGCAUAUUUGUCGGCCCCUUCUCUUCCGUGUGCCCAAAUAAUUGCUGUGACUGUUGCAGUCGCCUUUUAGCAUCUACCGCACGCCGUGUUGAGUAACUCCUGGUACAGCUUAGAGGUCGGAGGGGCGGAAGGGGAUGUCAUGGAGGAAGUUGCACAUCUCUGAAGUUUCCUUGAGAGAAGACCGCGGUCUCCCUCGCAGGCAGAGGAGCUGCGACCCUUUCCCCUGCCUUCCAGAGCCGGGUGGGUGCCAGUGGAUGCCGGGCGCCAUGGCCGUGCCCCUGGGGCUGCUGCUGGCCGCGCUGGGCUGCACCGCCGCGCUGGACCCUGCCCUGGAGGAGGCCUGGAGGGGCUGGAAGAGCCUCCACGCCAAGGAGUACCCGGAGGGCACCGAGGCCGGCCGCCGGCAGGUCUGGGAGAAGAACCUGCGGCGCAUCGAGGAGCAUAACCGGGAGCAGGCGCGGGGCAGGCACGCUUUCCGCCUGGGCAUGAACCACUACGGAGACCUGACGGACGAGGAGUUUAACCAGCUGCUGAACGGCUUCGCCCCGGGGCGGCGGCGGGGGCCGGGGCUGCUCUUCCAGGCUUCGGCGGCGCAGAGGACGCCGGCGGAGGUGGACUGGCGGGCGAAGGGCUACGUGACGCCCGUGAAGAACCAGGGGCACUGCGGGUCGUGCUGGGCCUUCAGCGCCACGGGGGCCCUCGAGGGCCUCGUCUUCAACCGGACGGGGAAGCUGGUGGUGCUGAGCGAGCAGAACCUCAUCGACUGCUCCCGCAAGCUGGGCAACGAGGGCUGCGGCGGGGGCUACAUCACCCGCGCCUUCCAGUACGUGCACGACAACGGCGGCCUCAACUCGGAGCACGUCUACCCCUACCUGGGCACAGACGCCUCCAGCUGCCGGUACGACCCCCGGGACCGGGCCGCCAACUGCUCUGCCGUCUGGCUGGUGGCCGCGGGCAGCGAGGCGGCUCUGGAGCAGGCGGUGGCGGCCGUGGGCCCCGUGUCCGUGGCGGUGGACGCCAGCAGCUUCCACUUCCACUUCUACAAGUCGGGCAUCUUCAGCAGCGCGUUUUGCAGCCAGCAGGUCAACCAUGCCAUGCUGGCCGUGGGCUACGGCACGAGCCAGCAGAACGGGCAGAGCGUCGGCUACUGGAUCUUAAAGAACAGCUGGUCGGAGGCCUGGGGCGAGCGGGGCUACAUCCGCCUGCUCAAGGGAGUGGACAAUCACUGCGGGGUGGCCAACCAGGCCAGCUUUCCUGCCCUGUGAGCGCCGCGGCCCCGCUUCCCCCGCCGCUGCUUCCCGGGCCGGGGGCUGCAACCGUCCUCGCCGAGCCUCGGUGUUCACCUGGGAGCGUUCCUGGCCAUCUCCCUCCCUCCGCUGCUGGGACGGGGCGGUUUCCCGUUGGAAGAGGCUUUUCUUGCGUGGCUGAUUGCUCUGCGCACCUGCAAGCUGAGCAGAGCGCGGCGGCCAGAGCAUUGCUAACAUAGCUAUUGCUUUCCCUGGCGUGAAAGACCAGCUCCUUUCACACGAUGCUCCGUGAGGACAGCUUUCUCCGCACCUUUCCUCCAAGCUUGGCAGUCCCUUUCCCAUCCUGCAGACCAGUGGCCCCUUUUCCUUCCAGCUAAAUCCCAAGGGCCGGCAGUGGGAAGGCUGGAUUUUCUGGCGGGGAUUGCGGCUCCCUGCCGGCUCUGCCUGACCUGAACAUGUGGCCACCCCAGGAACUGUGCAAACACCCCAGUGAGCUGAGUUCUUUUAAAAAUACAUCUUAACCAAAUUAAACCUGUAUAACAAGCAAAAAUCGGGAAACACAA